GACAGUUGAAUUUUUUAUUUAUCGAUCGUUUACAUUUGCUUCAAAGGUUAUGUUUUACUUUUGAAAGUUUAAUAAAUUAUUAACUAUCCAAAAACAGUUUUUGAAUGUUUUGUUAUUAAAACUAACACCACCAUGUCUGAUAACGAAGAGCCAUCAGCUAAACAUUUCAAAUUACAGUCUGAAAAGCAGGAGCCAGAAGAUGCUAUGGAAGAGGGUCACGAGGAAUGGCUCAGUGAGGAUGUACUUAGCGAGGAUGACUAUUAUCAAACUGGUGAACAAGAACAGAGUGACUAUGCAAUAAUGAGUCAAGAUGACACAAUGACAAGUGUACAGGAAUGCGCAGAGAACUCCGUGUACCAUGAUACAGGAGACUCCAAUGCUCAGGACGGACAUGAAAGAGAUCAAGAAGAGAAUAUAGAAGAGACAUUGAAUAAUUUGGAGAACUCACAAGAUAAAGACUUUCCAGAUGAAUUAGGUGCAUUCUUGAUAAGGAAGACAGACGGGAAACCGAUAAAGAAGGAAACAGAAGAGAGAGAAAGUGAAAUGGGCUCAAACAGACAUACAGACGAUGAUGGCCAUGAUACUGAUGAAUUACUGAGAAUGCUCGGUGAAGAUGAAGCUAAACGUAAGAAAAAACCUGGAAUAAAACUAAUUAAGAAAGAACCUAAAGAGGAAUCAAGUGAUGAAGAUGAUGAUUUUAUAUUUGGGAGUACAAAAGUAACAAGAGUGAAAGUAGCAAAAAAUUACAUAAAGAAAUACGCAACUAAAGCUGAACCUGAAGACAUGAGUGAUAAAGACGAGUUGUCAGACGAAGUAGCAACUAUGAAAAGUAUGUUUGUAAGUCGACGGCCCCCCGCAGCCCUGGGCCCUCGCCCCCGACACGUGGCUUCCAAGAGUACUACACUUGGAGGCAUCAACGCGUUACAAACGGUCACUAAACGCGUCGUCAGUCUCGACGGGAAUACUAACAAACGUCCUAUGCCCCCAACGUCUCAUAGGCAAGUAAUAUUGAAACAGGUGAGUAAAGAAGAGUCGAAGAGAGACAGACAGAGUGCGAAAGAGACUGAGGAGAUAAUAAAUGAGGAGGAGUUUCUAGAUGAAGAUGAAUUUGAUCUGGAUGAAGUUGGGGAGUUGGAGACGGAUGAUGAGGAAGGUCCAAGUCGUCAGAAGACGCGGCAGAAGAUCAUGAGGCCGGAGAGGAUGGAUGAGGAGGUGCCUUCUGAUGGAGAGAGCAAUUCUGAUGAAAGCUUAUACGAUGAGAUCCAGUCUUCAGAGUCAGAGGAUCUGGACGAGUGGUUCACAUUGGAUAUCAGAGCGGAACGUGCAGGAGAUUAUUUGCCCUUGUUAGGUUCAAAAGCAAAGCAGUUAUUGAUAAAGGAACGUAAUCGUGUUGGCGCCCGUCUCGCCACACUGGACCAGAGUCUACUGGCGCUGCGCGACACUGGACGACAGCAGGCGAUCCAGUUGCGUCGCGCGACCGCAGCACUACACCAUAUUGAUAACGCGCUUAGAGCUCUCUGAUUCUAUCAUCAUCAUCAGCUCACUAUACGUCCCCACUGAGGGGCUCGGAACCUACCCUAAGUUAAGGG